UUUAUCGUCUUACCUGACUGCUUAUGGAUACCAUAUGAACUAUUUGCCUUUGUUCUAUGUUAUUUAUAUUUUCUAACCUCACAACACGGUCGAUAGUUAAUGCAACAUGUGCUUAGUUAAUUGAAGACUUUACUGUCAGGACAUGGGCUACUUACAAGUAUUUACUAAUGCUAUUGUUGUAGCAGUGAUUGCUAUGUACAUGUAUGAAAAUCAAAGAAGAAAUGGGGAAGUGUCAGCCAGACUUGACCGAAUAGAGCUCACAGGAGAUAUGAAAGUAUCCGCAUUGGAAAAGGAGGUAGAUAAAUUAAAGAUAUUAGUUGAAAGUAAGGAGGAAAUAAAAACGAUACACGAAUUGAUUAAAGACAUGAAGCAACUAAUAUCAACAAAAGCAGGGACAGAUAAACUAGCUGAGAUAGAAAAACAACAGCAAAUGGUGAGAGAUAAACAAGCUGAAUUAGAAAAACAAGAAACAAUUAGAAGAGGUGAACAAGCUGUAAUAGAAAAACAACAAACAGUGGGGAGAGAUAAACUAGCUGAAAUAGAAAAACAACAAAAAUUGGGGAAAGAUAAACUAGCUGAAAUAGAAAAACAACUGACGGAUAAAGGAGUGACAUACAUCAGAUGGGGUAAGACACUAUGCGAUGGACCCAACACUGAAACAAUAUAUUCAGGCCAAGUUGGGGGUGGACAUUUCACACACAAAGGGGCAAGCGUGAACUAUAUUUGUUUACCUAAGGACCCAGAUGCUGCACAGCCGCUAAAAUCAAAUUCUAAUUACGCUUAUCUGUAUGGAGCAGAAUACGAAAUAUUUGACUAUAACCAACCACAAGGAAUAAGGUCCGGCAUAGGUCAGCAUGACGUUGCUUGUGCAGCAUGUUUAGCAAAAAGUAAAAGAUCAACAAUAAUGAUACCAGGAAGGAAAACAUGUUACAAUGGAUGGACAAAAGAAUACGAAGGAAUUUUAAUGGCAGGAUACCAUGAUCAUCCUGCUGCAGCAGAAUACGCAUGUGUAGAUAGAGACACUGAAGCUAUAGCAGGUGGAUCUAACGACGAGAAUGGAAUUUUAUUUUAUCCUGUAAAAACAGUGUGUGGGUCAUUGAAAUGUCCGCCAUAUAAACAGGACACAGACGUUUUGUGUGUUGUUUGUUCAAAAUAACAAUGGGUUUUUUUUAAAAAUAGCAAUGGCUCAAUGUUGAUAGCCAAAGUUGUUAGCUACAUUCAAAUCAGAUAAUUCUUCAAUAUUGUGAGAUCGCCUAAGAAUUCACUUGGUAAUAAUUUGAAAGAAGUAAUUUUAUUUUACAUAUAGACACUGAUCAAAUUUUCUUGUUUUUAUCAUCAGACAAAGCUUUUUAAGGUGGAUUGUAUCAACUGAUUCAAAGCCUUACAACUGUUUACAACUGUAAAAUGAUAGUUUGUUAUGAUUCAAACUGUAUACAUUAAUAUUUACUUAAGGGCAUACGAUAUAGUUACAGGGAAGGUAAUGACAUCACAAACUAGUCAAAACAUUUACUAAAUUUUAUCAUCGGUAUAAGGACAUCAUUCGUAAAUAUAGCUCAACAUGCAGACUUCUUAUACGUUCAGGUAUUUCACAUCCAAUUUUUUAUGGAAAUAUUCUUUAUAAAGCACAAAAAUGUCAGUAUUCACCUCUGAAGCUAACAAAACCUUUAAACAGACUUAUUAAGAAGGGAUAUAGUUACGAUACUGUUGUCAGGUCAUUAAAGAUUGCAUAUUUUGGCGUUAAUAUUGAUUCACUUAUAGGGUCUUUGCAUCGGCACUAAACACAUUUAUUUAAAAACCAGUUGUUGGCAUGACACGGGUUAUGUUCUUCUCAUAUAUGUUAUGAUGGUAUGAUACUAAACCCCUAACGGGAAGGAUUGUGCCUGAUAUUCAUAUGCUGAAGACAUAAUCUUUCAAUCAGUUUAAUUGAAGUCUGGAGCUGGCAUGUCAGUUAACUGCUAGUAGUCUGUUGUUAUUUAUGUAUUAUUGUCAUUUUGUUUAUUUUCUUUGGUUACAUCUUCUGACAUCAGACUCGGACUUCUCUUGAACUGAAUUUUAAUGUGCGUAUUGUUAUGCGUUUACUUUUCUACAUUGGCUAGAGGUAUAGGGGGAGGGUUGAGAUCUCAUAAACAUGUUUAACCCCGCCGCAUUUUUGCGCCUGUCCCAAGUCAGGAGCCUCUAGCCUUUGUUAGUCUUGUAUUAUUUUUAAUUUUAGUUUCUUGUGUACAAUUUGGAGUUUAGUAUGGCGUUCAUUAUCACUGAACUAGUAUAUAUAUUUGUUUAGGGGCCAGCUGAAGGACGCCUCCGGGUGCAGGAAUUUCUCGCUGCAUUGAAGACCUGUUGGUGACCUUCUGCUGUUGUCUGUUCUAUGGUCGGGUUGGUGUCUCUUUGACACAUUCCCCAUUUCCAUUCUCAAUUUUAUUGCUAAAGUAAAAUUAUAUUUUCGCGACGUCAAACUGUGACAUAUUGGGAAAAGAUGCAUUUUUCGACUGAUUUUUAUCAUUCAAACUGAUUUAACUCUUUUUUAAAAUGACAUUUGGUUUGAUUACGAAUGAAGGUGAUUUGUACCAAUUUUCAAGUCAACGAUGAAAUUUUUUGAAAUAAGAAAAAUAUACAGCAAAAAAUGCCGUUUUUUUUCUAAAAUCCUGAAACUUUGAUAAAAAUUAAUCAUUUCCAAAGAAUUGUUAUACAAAUCUAGAGCAUACUUAUAUAAAAAAGAUUUUCCAAAUGGUUUUACAAAAAUCCGCUUGUGUUUUUCUUUUGAAACAAAAAAGUUAGGUAUGUCUAUCCAAAGGAUAGAAAUGUCCAAAAAAACAAAAUUGUCAGUAAAUGUCUAAAAUUUCGACGCCAAUUAUCCCUUAAAGUAGCACAUUAAGGUAUAUUUUUAUUACAUAUUUGAAUUAUUUAGUUGAAAAAAAGCUUGUAUGCACAUUUUUGUCAAAAAUUCAUCGUGGGAUCGAAACUGUAUCGUAUGCCCUUAAGUACGUAGUCAGGUGAAAUUUUAAAAAUCUGGAAUUAAAAUUGCUACUUUAAAUCAGAAGAGCAUAGUUAAGGGUCAAAAUAAGGUAGAAAUAUUGAGAGGAUAUGGAACUUCUUUUCGAGAUAUUUGAUUAAAAAAAACGGUGGAAAAAUGCUGGCUCGGACUUUUACCUUAUAUUUAGCAUUAACAUUAUUUGGGAUUUAAAUCGUACGAAAAGAAUUCUAGAAUCUGCUUUAAUUUUGGCAAUGACCUUUAUGAGCUAUUGAAGUCUUCUAUGAAACGAAAUGUGGGUGAUAUGGGGCAACAUAUUUUACCCUGUAUCGUAGGAAAAAAACCCAAAGGAUUCUGAACAUCUGACAAGCAAUCUUUAACCUGAAAUGAUUACAUCCUUAAAACAUUUUGAAUCUUAAUAUUCCUUAAACAUAGAACUUCAGAAGAAUUUAGUUGUGUUGUCAUUCAUCAAUUCGGCGUUACAGAACCUUAAGGAUUAUGGGUUAUUGCAUUGUUAGUACACCAACAUCAAAUAACGUUACGCCAUUGGUCGAUUAUUUAUGGUUCAGGACGUUGUCAAUGAGUCACAACAUUUUCUGUACACCUUUCAAAUCAUUGACCCAUAAUGCAUAAGUUUUAAAACGUUAAAUUAUAACAUCGGAUAAAAAUCAUUUGGCUCUUAGUGUACUAUUAAUAACAUUAACAUAGUGUUGUUAAAUGUCAUUUUACAUUGCUUGGUGUAUAUAUGCUACAGUCUAGAUUGUUUUUGAAAAAAUUGGCGUGUCAUGUUACGUCAUCACAAUACUGUAUGUUGAUUGAAUAUGUCAGUUAGGUAAUUAUACAAGGUGCGGAUUAACCUCUGUUAAAUAUUUUUCAGCCAAAACAUGGAAUGAUCUGUAUUAUGUCUGGCCAUUUUAGAGGAAAACGUCUUUUUCAUAUUUAAAAACCAUUAAAACUCAUUCAAAGGCAGAACGUGUCACUGCAAUGCAUGCUCCUAACAGCUGAUUUGUCUAUAUGUGUUUCUGCUUCUUUACAAAGUUAUUCUUUAAACUGUACUUCAACUGAGUGUUUUGCUCUUUGAAAUGUGUGUGCUUGUGGCGUAGCAUAUGAUUAUUAUUUUGCAUGCUUAUGUAUUAUAUGUAUUAUGUGUAUUAUGCUUUGUUUGCAUGCCAUGUCUAGAACGUAUGUCUUAUGUUUAAUAUUCGCCAAUGCCGAUUUAAAAACUCA